AUGGCAAAUGGUUUGCGAGUCAUGUCAUCCCCGACUUAUUAUUAUGUCUAUAUCGGCACGUAUUAUGUCUGCCACUGGCUCUCCACAGUGAAAGAAGUUUUUCUGUCUGUUAAUGCAUCCAAAAUCGGUUUAGGGACUAUCAUUAUAGCUCUCAUAUUGUUUUUGUCACAUAUAGUGCACUAA